UCUUAACUCACUGGAGAUCAGAUUAGCAGAGAUUAGAGAGAAACUUCCUCUCAGCUAAAACUGACAGAGAAACUCACCAUGUGUUGGAGCGGCCUGCAAAGAAAAUACAGAGGCAGGAUGGAGGAAGCACAACUGUUAAAGGAGCGCCUUCAAGCCAUUACGAACAAGAGAAAAAUCCAAGUGGAAAUCGCUCAGAAACGGCUUGAGAUUGAUAGGGAGAAACUGAAGCUUCAACACGUCAAAAAAAGGUCCAUGAGAGAUCUGUGGCUCAUGGAUGGGAUGAACAAUAAUGAUACACAGGAAACACAAAAAGCUCUUGAAGAUGCACAACAAACCAAACUCCUCAAGAGCAACAUACAUCGGAUAGAGAAAGAUAUUGAAGCAUUGGAGAGAGAAGAAAUGAAUAUAUCAACAAAUGAGGGCUUGAUUCUAAAGAGACUCAAAGCCAUUGAAAAGUCUCCAGAGGAAAUUAUAAAGGCAGUGAAUGCAGAUUUCAUAUCAGAAACAAUCCAUAUUCAUUCAACAGUUCCAAAUAUGCUAAAGCCCAACACACCUUUAUUGAAUCAGAGGAAGAAACAAGACCUGGAAACAGAAGCAAGAAAUGACCAAGUCAAACCUGCUUUGUUUGCCAUGGAAAUUAACGUUCAGAAGGACUUGCGCACGGGUGAGAGCCAAGUCAUCUCCACCGCCACAAUUUCUCCCCAAGAGCUUCAGCAGAGAGGCAUCAAGGUCUACGAUGAUGGCCGGAAAUCCGUCUAUGCCCUACGCACAGACGGCCGCCAGCCUGGUGCUAACGGAGUGGAUGAACUCAGUCCCGUAGAGGUGGAGGAGCUUCUGCGACAGGCUUCUGAGAAAAAGAAGAGGUCCAGUCUGGUGCAAACAGACACUUCAUAUCCCUACAGCCCUUCCCAUGGCAUACAAUCAGCCCCCAGCAAGCCCCAUAGAGACAGCCACAAAACCAAUGGAUACCAGGAUACCUACAGUGUAGACUUGUCUGCAUGGCCUGAACUAGUGUACAGUGAUAGCGUACAUUAUCCAGAGGAUGCGGGUCAUAGAGUUCCUCUCCUGCCCAUGCCCAAUUACAAUGACAGACAAGAGGAGUACUAUAACAACAGCAAAGGAAAUAGCUACGGCUGUGAGUUAUAUAGAGGAGAUAGGCAUGGGCUUGGACAGUGUUACGAUCCAAGAGAGAAGCACAGAGGAGCCCUGCACAUGGAUUCUGACAUCAGAAACCACAGGCCACGCUCACCAUACUCUGAGGACUCCAAACUCGGCAUCCUGAAUGCCAUGCCAUCGGACGAGCCUGUCACCAUGAUCUUCAUGGGCUACCAGAAUGCCGAGGAGGACAACCAAAGCUAUGAGGGCUCUGUUCGGGCAGAGCUGGUGAUGAUUGGAGAUGGUGAGGAUGACACCAGCAGAAGCUUUCAUCCUCAUCUGAACUCUAAUAUCAACGAUGCCGUAGGCCAGGGGACCAGAUGGAAGGGCAAGGGAGAUGGCAUGGAGAACCCAUCAGCUACAGGUACUCGAAAGAUCAAAAAGGUCAAAGGGAGACACAAGCACUGCUGUGUGCUAAUAUAGCAUGAGGCGCAUCGUCUGUUUCACUAACACUCUUCUAUCAGCUCUUCUAUGCAGCUUCUCACCAGACUGGCUUUCCUUGCUCUGCAUGCUGGACAUUGCUGUCUUACACCACAGAUUUCAGUUUCUCAGUGUCUUAACAAACUGCUUACUGUUUUUCCACCCAUUCAAAAUGAUAAUGUGUCAUAGAAACACAGAUUGCACACAGAACACAGAAACACAGUUGGCAAAUCUCACUAUAAAAAAAACAAGCAACCUGGUCUGACAAAAUAAGUUCAAAAAGGUGACUCCCCUCACCCAAAUAAGUUUAUUAUCUCUCUAUCUAUCUCGUAAAGGCCUGAGAAAGGCACUGUAACACUGGAUGAAGGGGGAAACAAACUAAGGCAAUUAAUAAUGACAUCAUGGGCCCUAUUUUAAGAGUGCUAGUUCUAAGCACAGCUCUAUGCUUUAAGUCAUACAUUCAAAGUUAGUGGGCAUGGCCAUAUAGUUUUGGUAUUUUCAUGCAAGCAAGCCUAGUCUAGGCGCAAGUUGGUUUGGCAAAAUUGCACGCACAAAACACCAUUGGGCUGGGUCAAGUACAAUUUAAUUCUGUGGUUCUUCUCCAGCACUGCCUGCAUCCUGUUAUUAAGUCCAUUCCCUAUCAAGCACCAGCGAUAUAAAUAAAGACAGCACAUUCAUAAGAUGCUGGUUGUGUAAAUGGAUUUAUGUUCUUUUGUGCAUUAACUGCAUCCUUGUUGAAUGUCUGGCAUAUUUCUAUGACAGUGACACGCUCUUUUUGUACGCAUGAAAAUUUGGUUCUCGUCAGGAUUUUUAUUUACAUGUAUGCUCCUUUAAAUUAAAAAGAAUGUAAGUAUUAUGAGUCAUUUUCACCUAGUGACACAAAUCAUCGCUAGUAUUAAGAGUGAUUGUAUCGGAACGCACUUAACUUUGAUUUUACAUUUUUUAUUCAUUUAUUUCAUCCUAAAAUAUUUCUAAGAUCAAAUUACAUUUCAAACAAAACAAAAAUGUAAUCAAAAUAACGAAGUGGUAAAAAAUCAUACCAAAUAUGCACAUAUUUUCCAAGUUUGGACAUUACAUUUAUUACCAACUUCUGGUGGAAUCUCCAAACUGCAAUUGCAGAAACUGAGUUUGGAAGUUGUGCUGUGAUAAGACGUGCUUUUAAAAUGUCUAAGCACAGACUCAUUUCUCAUAAAAAUAGCAAAUUGCACUUUGUGCCACUUCACUUACAUACAAUACAUACACCCACAGAUUGCUCAGACACUCCCACCCAUGCCCACUUAUGCUGGCAAGAAAAUUGCACUUAGAAUUAUUGGUCUCGCGAAACUUGGAUAAAACUUUGCGCACGGUCGUAUCGUGUAGCGCUGCGCUUUGUGCACUCACGAAAAUAGAGCGUUUCAAAUUACGUUAUGUUUUUGACAUAUUUGACAACAGCUAUUGAUGGUUGAUGAUACUUUAUUUUGCUAUGGGGGCCAAACAGUAGCAAACACUAGGAAUCCCAGAUAUGGUCUGCAUUCUGGAAAUAAGACCACAAAGUAUAAAUCUAAGUGACUUUAUGAAAACAUAAGCCCAAAGUCACUUAUAAUAAGUGAACAUGGCAACACUGAAAAACACUUAGCUUUACAGCUUUACCUCCCUCUAGCGGUGAAGGGGCAUAAAUUCACAACUCUUUCAAGAAAAUGCAUGCAAAAUAUUAUCACCUGCCAAAACAUGAUCAUUUCUACGCUUGUUUUUUCACAUUUUGCAUAUGUUAAUUUCCAUAUUGUUAUUUUGCCACUUGCAGUAAUUAGCAUGACAGCAUGCCAUCUGCUGUAACAUAUGAACAAUCAUGCUUGCUCUCAUGGAUUGUGCUUUUUCUUUUUACUACUUACUUUUCUGUCAUGCACCUCUUUCUUAUGUGACUUUGUACUUUGACUUUGUUUAUGUGAGUGUGUCUUGGCAGUGAAGUGGGUGAGAGAUGACCCUUUGUAAUAAACCUGAUUGAG